AUGGUCUAAGCCCACAGUAUAUAUACCAUAACAAUCAACACCUGAUGGACUGUCAGUUGUCUUUCGAGUGUCUUAACAGUGACUUGCAAUCCACUAAGAUGAAGUUCCUUAUUCUCGUGGUUUUGGUUUCCAUCGUCGUUUCUGAAGCUCGAUACGACAAACAAACAGCAAAACCACCUCCCAUCAAGCCUUACAAUCCUCUUCCAGCACACGAAUCCAGUAGCCCAAUGCCUUACAAGUUCAGUUACGAAGUCAAGGGCGAUGAUUACACUAGUUUUGGCGAUACGAGAGUUGGAGAUAGACAGGGUAAAGUGUCAGGUUAUUACCACGUUCAACUUGCUGAUGGACGUCAUCAACACGUCACUUACAAAGAUGAAGGAAAAGGAUUUAUCGCUGAUGUCAAGUAUGAAGGAGAGGCCAAAUACAGUGAGUCUAAACCAGUCGAGUACAAGAAACUAGCAGACGACUUCGGGACAUCCUACAAGUCAGCUGAUUAUGGACUGCAGAACGUUGAACCGUCUUACAAGGAGCUAUCCUAUGAGAAUUCAGUCAAAGAAAAUCAACUAAACGAAUGGGAGAAUGAAAAAUCACGAAAAUCAUCUGAUGAGAAAUCAAGCGAACAAUUUUUCACAGAACCAGUUUACAAUUUUCCGACGGCACUGUUUUAUCAAGAGAUAUCUAGCACCACAUCGUCCUACAAGGAAUAUGAAUACACCCCGUCUAGUGACAAGGCUGUCGACACUACCCAAGUUCCACACACAACGAAGACGUACGAUGUUCCUCCUCCGUCUAGCACGUCAUUUUGGAAACCAAUAUCCGUUACUUCAAAUUACAAGCCUGUUUACACAACAGCAGACUACAAAACGACGUCGAUUUUCACUACCCCAGCCUCUAUUGCACCUUCUACUACCCCAGACUAUCACAAGCCCGUUAACUACACCGAAGCCAAUAAAAAAACGACCGCCACCAAGGCUUAUAAAAAGCCUGUCACUACCCCAGCCUCUAUUGCACCUUCUACUACCCCAGACUAUCACAAGGCCGUUAACUACACCGAAGCCAAUAAAAAAACGACCGCCAACAAGGCUUAUAAAAAGCCUGUCACUACCCCAGUUUACAAGACAUCUGUUGCCACUACCCCUGCAUACAAAACUCCGUCUCCCAGUAAAACACCAAAGGCACCCAAGGCACCCAAGAAACCCAAAGCUUCUUAUCCGGUUACUACCCCAGCUUAUAAGAAGCCCAUCUAUUUCGAUCCGGUUUAUAAGACUCCUGUUGUUACUACCCCAGGUCCAAAACAUUACCCGACUACCACAUACGCAUACAAGACUCAUCCCUACACCCCCAAAGCUUACAAAGCAGCAUCUUACCAGAUUUUACCUCAAAAACCGUUCACUGUUUACAAACCAUAUGCGAAAAAGGUUCCCGUCAUCACACGAGUUGCUCCUUACACUGCUCCGGUGUACAAAACUCCUAUUUACAUAGCUCCAGGGUACAAUAACGUUCCUCCUAACAAAGUGGUCACUUACAAACAUGGAAAGUAAACAUGAAAAAAAUAAUAGGGCCAGCUGUGCGAGCCCCAAAACUAUAGUUUAUGUCUAAGUACAAUGUUUUUUUAUUUUCUGAGAUUGACAAUGUUAUAUGCUCUUAACUGUGUAAUGUGUGCAAUCAGAUGUAUUGCUGAUCGUUCUAAAAAUACAAUGACCUUGU